CUCCAUUCAGUCAUUGGACAAAUUCGGCCGCAGACACUCAUCUCCCGGGUAUCUCCCUCAGUUCACACUACAAUCGAUACUUAAAACACAGAUCUUCAUCGUUAAAGCUUCAGCUUCAGAUUGUUGACAGAUUAAUACGAAUAAAAAUGGUUGGAAAGAACGAACAACAGUUGUCAUCGGAGGAGAUCUUCGCCCUCGAAGACAAGUAUGGGUGUCGCAACUACGCCCCCGUGCCUGUAGCCCUUAGCCGUGGCGAGGGUGUGUUCGUUUGGGAUGUGGAAGGAAAGAAGUAUUAUGACUUUCUUAGCGCGUACUCCGCGGUGAACCAGGGUCACUGCCACCCUAGGAUUAUUGCAGCUUUGAAGGCGCAGGCUGACAAACUUACCCUUGUAUCCAGAGCAUUCUACUCAGACCAGUUGGGUAACUAUGAGAAGUUCAUGACGGAUCUCCUCGGCUUCGAUCGUCUUCUGCCGAUGAACACUGGAGUAGAGGGAGGCGAGAGCGCCUGCAAGAUUGCUAGAAGAUGGGCAUAUGACGUCAAGAAAGUACCCGAUGGACAAGCAAAGAUAAUCUUCGCCGAAGGCAACUUUUGGGGCAGAACCCUGUCAGCUGUAUCGGCGUCGUCAGACCCCUCGUGCUACCAAGGCUUUGGCCCUUACAUGCCAGGCUUCGAGUUAAUUCCUUACAACGACAUUGAUGCUCUCGAGAAAGCCCUCCAAGACCCCAACGUGGCAGCCUUCAUGGUAGAACCCAUCCAAGGUGAAGCGGGCACUAUUAUCCCAGACGACGGUUACUUGAGGAAGGUCCGACAGCUGUGCACCCAACACAACGUCCUAUGGAUCGCAGACGAAGUACAAACUGGUUUGGGUCGUACGGGAAAACUGUUAGCGGUAGACCACGAAGGUGUGAAGCCUGACAUUCUGAUCCUAGGCAAGGCGCUCAGUGGCGGAGUGUUACCAGUCUCCGCGGUCCUGGCCAGCAACAGCGUCAUGGACGUAAUCAAGCCUGGCACUCACGGAUCGACAUAUGGCGGCAAUCCUUUGGCUUGCGCAGUUGCCAUGGAAGCUGUAAAGGUGUUGCUAGAGGAGAAAUUAUGUGAAAAUGCGGAGAGACUCGGCAAAGUGCUUGUGGAGGAGCUCAACAAGAUUCCCAAGAACAAGAUCACGACAGUGCGCGGCAGAGGUCUCAUGUGCGCCAUUGUUGUUCACGACAGCAUCCCAGCGUACAACGUAUGUCUGCGGCUACGUGACGCGGGUCUGCUGACCAAGACAACCCACGGACAAACCAUCAGGCUGGCCCCACCACUCGUCAUCACCGAGCAACAAAUCCGCGAGGGAGCCAACAUCAUUCGCCAGGUGCUUGACAGCUAUGACAAAUAAACGCACUGCCUUCAACCUCUGCCUCGCAAUAUGGACGUCGUCCAUGCCUCAACAGGCCACCCUUGAAAUUUCUCCACAUCUUGAAACUAUUUAGACAUCCCCCAAACAAGGGGGUUUCGUUCGUUUCAAGAGAUAUCUUUAGGAAUUUAAGUCUUUAUUGAAAUUAUAUCAAGAUUUAAUAAGCAAUUAACCAAAAUUAUACUGUUUAAAUAAAACGAGGAAAUGAA